AUGGCUGACAACUCGUGGUGGAGGGGGGGAAGGGGCGUGGCUCGGAAGAGACCGGCACCCACGGUGGAGCCUUGGACUGCCCUCUUUAGUCAACUGUGUGAUUGUAAAGAACCACUGCUUUUUCAGCUUCUGACUUACAAGACAACCAAGAAGAGGAGGAACAACGGACACACCAAGAAGGGCCGCGGCCAAGUGCAGCCCAUCCGCUGCACCAACUGCGCCUGCUACAUGCCCAAGGACAAGGCCAUCAAGAAGUUCAUUAUCUGCAACAUCAUGGAAAACACGGCCGUCAGGGUCAUCUCCGAGGCCAGUGUUUUCGUCUCUUACGUGCUCUCCAAACUGUAUGUGAAACUACAUUACUGUGUGAGCUGCUUGAUCCACAGCAAGGUAGUGAAGAAUCGGUCUCGUGAGGCACGAAAGGAUCGGACACCCCCACCCCGCUUCAGACCUGCUGGUGCUGCCCCCAGACCCCCUCCAAAGUCAAUGUAA